CUGAAGUGUUUGCAUUAGGCAGUAAGUGUGGAGGAGGGACAUUUGGGCUGGAGUCGGAAGGAUAUCCAGUUACUGCUGCCUUAACAGCAGUACUCCAAUGAAUGCUGGGAGAGAAGCAACAUUCACAGGCCUGCCAAACAGAGACAGAGACACAAGGUAACGUCAGAAACAAACUAUUGCUGAAAUCCUCUUGCUGAACCGACUCUGGUUUUAAUGCAGACAAUCACCAAUUUUACCACAUGACAGGAGGCUUCAUAUUUGCAUAUCUUUCUUUACUCAAAACUCCAGCAGCAUAGUAACAUAAACAACCAAUCAGAAAAAAGAUAUAAUGCCCAUAAAAGACCCUGUCUAUGACAUCACUUCCUCUUUCUUUGCUGCUCCAGCCAACAUCAGGUCAGAGUAUUUUGCCUCUCUGGCAAUUGCUUAUAUACAUUGUUUUUUUCGUUUUCACAUAUUUUUGGUUUUGUUUUCACUAUAUAUUUGAUUGUAUUGUUUCAUUUACUGUAUUGUUUUAAUUUACUGUUUUUUAUUUACUUAUUUUUCGUGGGUUUAUUUUCGGGUCCCCUUAUCCCUGUCCCUGCACGGUUUUAGGCCCCCCCCCCUAUUACUUUCCACGGCCGAUACCCGCGAGCACGGCUGUCAGUGCCGCGCGCCGCGGGCCGGUUUCCUGUUUUUUCUUCGUGGGGGCCGGUAGAGGGACGGGUGGAGGGGGACUGGGAACAGUGCUGUGUGCGUUUCCCCCCUUUUUUUUUUUUCGUUCCGGCGCCGCGCGGUCGAUCGCGGCGCACCUUCACACGCGGGCGGCGGCCAUCUUGGAUCUCGCGGCUCGCGAGAUACCGGACGGCCGCCUUCCCCGCUUGCCCGGCGGAUCGGUAACUCACCCGACCGCCGGGCUCCACAUCUGUAUACCCUCCCUAGUGUGUACUAGCGAGGGUAUUAGUGUAGCAGGUGAUAUUUUUGCCCAGUGCCUGCCUGCUGUGCUGCCCAUUUACAAUAUAUGAAUUAAAAGAGACAAGCACCCCCUUUUUGUUGCCAGCUCAAGACCUCUAUGUCUCUAUACCCUGCUUAGGGUCAUACCAGUUAAUAUACCCCAAUUAGGGUUAUACUAUAUACUGUUAUACUCUCCACAAGAUCAGAGUUAGGUACAGGGUCAUACCAUAUUACUAUACCCUGCACAGGGUCAUACUAUAUUUCUAUACCCUACAGGAAUCACCCGAUCACCGCGCCCUGCAUCUGGAUUAACCCCUUCAGGGGUCCCCCUCUCUGGGCACAUUCAUUUAUUGAUACAAUUAUUAUAUUUUAUUCUCAUGGAUAUAUCUCUCAUGGUGCCUUACACUGGAUGAUUAUAUGUUGAGCAGGCACACAAUCUAUGUAUUAUUGUGAAGCCGUACAAUAUCACAGUCGUUAUACAAAACAUAUACUGUGCCUAUAACAAGAUCAACUAUAUCACUGUAGCCUACGAAGGGCAUAUUGUGUUACUGUACCCUACAAAGGGCAUAUUAUAUUAUAUUAUUGUACCCUACAGAGGGUCAUAUUAUAUUACUGUACCUGACGGUGCAAAUUUAUGUGGGUGUCCUCUGGGUAUUUUUUUUUUCAUGGCACACCACCUGGGGUAACCCCCCAGAUAUGCAUGCAAGGUCACUGACAGACCAUUACCUUUGAUGUGGGUGUCCUCUGGGCUACCAUGGCACACCACCCGGGGUGAACCCCGAUCAUAUGCACGGAGGCCUACGCCACACUGCCUGUCAGUUUUACAUUAAAGCAACAAUACCAUGCCGGAUGCGUUUUGACGGCAGGAUCACUAAGAAAACUGAGUGUAUUGCGGUAUACCCUUCACAGGGAUACAUAUAUGUAUAUUUACUGUGCCUAGUGUACAUAUUGAACGUGGGUGUCCUCUGGGUAAUUUUUCAUGGCACACCACCUGGGAGGACCCCCAGAUAUGCAUGCAAUGCUUGUAAGGUGCCAAUAAUUAUAAUAUGGGUGUCCUCUGGGUUACCAUGGCACACCACCUGGGAUGAACCCAGCCUAAUAGACAUGGGUCCUGCGGCUGCAGACCUUAUGGAGACAGGCCCCAUGCGCCUAUAUACUAAGCCUGUAUAGUUAAAAACCGUGCAUACAGCUCUGGCGUACAUUUGUGGUGAACCCGGCUAGCCAGACCGACACCACUACCAGUCACCGCCUGCACCACGACUCUCAGUAGCCAGAUUAAACUAAUAGAGGUGACCCCUCUACACUUGGCACGAGUAUUCAUACUCUCAGACAUACUAAAGCAGGCAAUUCAAACUGUUUUUACCUGGGUGAUCCCCAGUUCUACCAGGAGUCUAACACCCCUAUGUGCUGACCCUCACACUAUCUCACAACAGGACGGGAACGAGUCAUGGUGGACACUCUCAACGUUCCCAAGAUUUCUAGGCAACGAUACACGCCACAGUAACAGCCUCAGUGGAGAAGGUUCUGUUAUGAACUCUACCCCACACCGCUUGAUGGAGACCUCAGGCCCACAAGCCUUCAAGUCAAAAUGGCAAGGGAAGGGCUCCAGCCCCCUGCCACUAAGGUCAAGGGCAAGACGCCCAUCGAACAGACCAAAUAGGCGGAGCACCGGGAAUCCAAACCCCGCCCGCCACAAUCUUCCGACCAAGAAGACUAUUACCCACCACGUACUUUGGACAUGGUAGAUGAGCGACACGAAGACAGCCCACCGUCUGAGGAAAUGGAACGGCAAGACCUUCCCCACACUUCCUCGAAGUACGUUAGGAAAACCUUACUCUGGGACGGUGGCUGAGACAGAGAUAACUGUAACGGCACUAAACCAGAGUAGCCGAAGACGGAACGUUCCUGGACGAACACUAUUGGCUGCGCAACCCUCGGGGGAUGGAAGGAUGCGCACGCCUCAAGACCGAGUUACCCCAGGGUACACAACUCAACCCUACCACCUCCAAAGAACGGUCUUAAUGCUCGAUAUGCCUCCUGGGCAACGUAAAUGACGCACUAUGCGCCGACAGACGCAAAUCUGUACUUGGCCGCAUCGACAACACACUAUUGGACUUAGGAACGACAAGAAUUCGGCCCAAAAGCACAAGGCCUACUAUUCGACGUAGUGUUCAUUGCAGUAUUCAAGAAACACGUGAAUUUAUUCACCACACUAAAUUAAACCCAGACCUGGCUAAAACAAGUCUUCCACAACCCUACGGGGAAAGGUGUUUCUGGGAGGACUGGUCGGUAACUGAACCGAGCCACCAGCCGCUUCUGGGCGACAGGUUCCAGAUCGUAUACACGGUCCUCAUAUUUCUCCCAUCUAAUACACAAAGGAACCCAUCCGCUUCAUCUACUAGUGUGUCAACCUACAUAACUAACUGUUUCCAAUAUUAUGACCGGCAACCUGUCUCUGUUUUACAGAAUUGGGAGACGACUACCAAAGUCACCUGGGUUCUCCAGACAGUACAAGGCUAUGUCAUAGAGUUUUAUCACAGCUGUGCAGGUCGCCCCUUCACCUCCAUUACGCACGCUGGCGGAACAGGAACGCCUCGUGGACAAGAAAAUUUGCACCCUCUUCAGGAGGGGCGCAAUUCAACAUGCACCGGAGGGGAAGGCUUCCCCAGCAAAUUUUUCCUGGUCAAGAAGAAGCCAGGAGACUACAUCAAUGGAACUCCUACAUGGUAUACAAAUGCUGCAAGAUGGAGGAAAUUCGUCUUCUACAAGACCUCCUAGGCGAUAACGACUGGUUUACACAUCUGGACCUCAAGGACGCACGCUUGUCAGUACCCGUUGCCCUGGACUGCCGAAGUUUUCCUCCGAUUCCAAUGGUGAGGACAAACACGGCAGUUUACGACUCCGUGGUGCUCGCGAACCUACUGUAACCAGUGAGGGCACACAUCCGUAAAUUUGGGCGUGCGAUGCCUCGUAUACCUGGAAGACUUGCUGAUUCUUUACGAAUCCAGGCUACGUUUGCAGACAAAUUUUGUCGUUCACUUUCGGGACUCCAUGGGUUUUUUGUUGUACACAGACAAAGAUCGCUUCUCCAUAUGAAUCGGGCCAGUUCCUCGGUUUCGACAUCGGCUUGGAGAACUAAGUUCCGCGUCCGUCUACGGCAAAGAGCGCCUCUAUAAGGAUAGCUGUCGGAUUGUGAGAUUCCUCUCCCCCUCCAUACAAGCGUUAUUCCCUGGCCCACUACGACUGAUGGUGAGAUACGUACGCACCGGUCACUCAUACGACCACUGGAUCCCACUGUCAGCGGAAGUGAGGAUGGAAUUUCGAUGGUGAUUACUUCACAUACAAACUUGGAUUGGCAAAACGAUCUUUGACUCUUCCUUCGGAUACGGGGCGAUGGAUGAACCCCCACACACACCCACAAGAUAUCGCUCCUGCUCAUGAUACCCCUCGGGCAGGGCCAACCGUGAUUUCCCGGAUCGCCUGGAGAUGUCUCGCGGAGACCCUCUACUACUCCCUACCUUCCCUCUACUUCUGACGGGACCUCGAGGGGAAGCCCACUCCCUUGUCAUGGAAGGACAACUGGCACUAGUUGCCUGGACGGCUUCAGGGGCUCCUGGUCAGUUCACAACCUAUUGCAUCAACUAAGACCUCCUAUGGGACUCAUAGGCUCCCGGCACCAGGAAAGGCUAUAUUUCUGCCUGGUCGGCCUGGAGUGAGUGGUGUGUGGAAAGGGAUUCCGAUCCCUUUACCGCACCUGUCCCACUGACCCUCAACUAUCCGUCACACCUGGUCUCGUUGGGUCGGUCAUAUCGAUCCCUCAAAGUGAUCAGAUCCGCCGAUAUACGCAGAUAUUGGCGGCGCACGUUCCGGUACAGAGCAGACCAGUAGGUCAAGAUACACUGGUUUGUCGACUACUGUGGGGUGUCGAAUUGUCGAGAUCCCUGCACCCAAAUAUUCACGCCUCUGGCAGGUGGAUGUGGUGCUGAGAUUCCUUAGGGAAUGGCCGGACAAUCCUUGUUUGUCACUGAAGCAACUUUCAGCCAAACUAGCCCUCUUAUUAUGCCUCGCCUCAUUUAGACGGUGGCGGACGUUAGGGCUUGCGAUAUGGAUGGUUUCUCUCUCACACCAGACGGGGUUACCUUUACCAUGUCGAGAUGAACUAAGUCUGUUUCGUCUUCAGAGUCAUACCCAUGCUUUGUGUCAGACGCCUCACUAUGCGUGGUCAGAACGCUAAUGGGGUACACCAAUAUCUCUACCCCCUUCGAACUCAUUCGACGGAUCACCUUCUGACUUCUUACGUGAACCCUCAUGGACCGGUGUCUACCGCAACACUGGCCAGAUGGGUCCGCUGGUUUUUGUCUUUAGCGUCGAACCUUGUUUCGGAGCCCACUCGGUCAGGGGAGCGGCGGCCUCACAAACCUUUUCGGCCGACGCUUCCCUAGCCGACAUUAUACGCUGCGCGGACUGAGCGCGAGAGAGUACGUUUAGAACGUUCUAUUUUCGGCAAACAUCUCAUGCUUCCUUCACAUUGGUCAAUUCAAAGCUUUAAAAAUGCAAAUAUGAAGCCUCCUGUCAUGUGGUAAAAUUGAAGAUUAUAUUAGCUUUAGUGUACUAAUAAUCUUAAUUUUAGUAAUGACAGGAGGCGAAUAUUUCCCACCCUAUAGAAUCCCUCCCAUGUUUCUUGUGUUGAACAGAAUAUGUCCUUUAUGUUCAUGAAGGUAAGUACGUAUGGUUUGUAUGUUUGCUACUUAGACCUGUAACUUGUGGGUCUUGUAUUGGCUGAAUACUAGACAUGAACCUUGCAUUAUGUUGUGUUUAUAUAUUCUUAAAUAUCAUUGCGUUAGAAUAAAUAUAUAUUGAUAUGUUUCACAUUCUAAUGUUCGUUGGUAUAUCAGAUGCUUAAUGCUUAUUGUAUGCGGACAAGUUAUCACGCCAGAUACCUUUCACCUUUUUCUUUUUCUUGCAGCGUGAACGUCUUCUCAUCGAGACAAAGAUUCACCUUCCAUACCUCUGCAUCGCGGAACUAAUGGAGUUGGAUAUUCUAAUAUGUUGUUGAACUGUUGACGUAAUAUGAUUAUGUCUCUUGUUGUUAUUUAUUGUUUCGCUUCAAAGAAAGAGGAAGUGAUGUCAUAGACAGGGUCUUUUAUGGGCAUUAUAUCUUUUUUCUGAUUGGUUGUUUAUGUUACUAUGCUGCUGGAGUUUUGAGUAAAGAAAGAUAUGCAAAUAUUCGCCUCCUGUCAUUACUAAAAUUAAGAUUAUUAGUACACUAAAGCUAAUAUAAUCUUCAAUUGUUUUAGGCAAACAUAUAAACGCUGUAUUGUUGUAUUGCACUGAGCCAACUUGAUAUUAGAACAUAAUCAGUAAUUUUGUAUAACUGACUUCUAGCAAGGACAUAUACUUAGAAUGUAGUUUCACGGUGCAUGAAAUAUGAAACCACUUAGCACUAUGUAAAGGGAACACAGAAACCUCAGCUGUAAGAAAGAUACAAGGUAGAUAAUAAAGGGUCAUUCUAAGAACCAUCACAACGUGCGUGUUUAUGGAAUAAAUAGUUUAUACGCAAAGUGCUGUUCCGCUGAUAUCGUCGCUGCUAUCCGUUUACAAAUAGCCUGGUUCACUGCUAUGUGCAGCUAUUGUCAGAGCCACGUACCAUACAAACACACAGGUGACCUGCAACUGAGAUUUACAGGCUGCCUGAUUUACCGCUGUAAGGGAAACUCUUAGAACUUCAGCAAUUUUUGAUAAUCUCUGCAGCUAUAAAUUAACAUAUUUUACUUUUUAAGACAGAUACGAAAAACAAAACAUAAAAGGAGGGAGUUAUCGUCUUCACAUAGCUUUUAAAAGAAUUACAUUUCAAGAAGAAGAUGCAAAAAUAUCAUUUUAAAGACUGAAGUAAGCAACCUAUUUUUUAAUAUCUGUCAUAAGCUGUUGUUAUUAAAAGCCAGCCAGUAGACAUUAGGGGCCUCAAAUUAAUAAUAUCAUUCAUCGGCAUGGCAUCCAUGAACUCUCCAUAUUAUUAAAUGUAGCCAAUGUGGAUCUUCAUGAUUCCAAAUAACGUGUUGCAUAAAUUAGUGCCAAGUGCAGGGAACACAUCACACUUGUCCUAACGCGUUUCAUGCCCUUAAUCCGCCUGUACCAUUAGGCAACAAAGUCUUACAGCCUGUGGUCUCCACUCUCUUGAUACAAUUUUUUUAAGUAACACUUUAGGUCUAAUGGUAUACAUGAAUUUUUAUUAUUAUAUACAUUGCUUGUGCAUUAGAUUUUAUAUUGAUUAAGUGUGUUUAUAUCCCAUAAAUAUUUUGUACUAAUAAAGAGCUAUUUUUAUAGAGGACGUGUGCUAUUAGUUUUGUUUAUACUAAAAUUAAAAAACACAAUUUGUAAAAUUACUCAGGAAACAGUAAAAACCAUGUGAGCCAUCUAGUGCUCCACUCAGAUUGAGCAUUAAGGGCAGUGAAAACUUUUAUAAAGGCUUUUCCACAUUUUAAGUGCUCAGCGGGAGCGCUGUGAUUGACUUAAAAGUCAACUCUCUGUCUGGUGCCCAGUCAAUGACUCAGAGCACUGACUCUAUAAACAUAUGCUAAAUAAGAGCUUACCGCGAGAGAGCUCUUAAAGUGAUCUGCACCUGAUAGAGGUGCAGACCAUGAAGCUCCCUUGAUGUAGUAAAGGGCACAGGGCUGAGCAGGGAAAUAAUUUGACGGCUUUUGGAGGGCCUCCAUGCCCAGAUAAAAGGCUGUAGACAGCUGCCUAUGCCACCUUAUGAUUAAUCCAGCUCUUACAGUGGGUACAGUGACACCCUAAGGAAUAUAACCACUACAGCUCGCUGUAGUACUUAUGUUGCCCAGAGAGUUCCAACAUUAUCACCUGUUGAAUGUCAAACCAUUUAGCAACAGCUAUUCCCAGUGCCUGGAGAUUAUCCCCUCUUCAGCCUCAAUGAUAAUAUGGAAAUAACACUUUCACGUUAUCACUGUUGUUUAUUUUAUCCAACCUGCAAGCUAUUCAUCUACUGAGAAUACUGCUGGCUGGUUAAUCCAAUGCUCUAAGGCAUGCCCCCCAGAUGUUGCUGAACUACAACUCACAUGAUUCCCUGGCUAUCUGUUUCAUUGAAAGAAUCAUGGGAGUUGUAGUUUGGCAACAUCUUGGGGGCCGCAGGUUGGACAGGCCUGCUCUAAGGGUAGGCAACCGUCGGCACUCCAGGUGUUGCGGACUGCAUUAUGGCUAUGAAAGCAUUAAGGGAGAUGUAGUCCACAACAUCUGGAGUACCAAAGGUUGCCUACCCUUUCUUUAACCAACCAGUGUCAUUCAAUGUGGAUAAAAUUUAUAUUGCUAAUAUGGAAGUGAUAAUUCUGCAUUAUCAGUGUGGCUAAGGAUGGUGCAGUCACUGGGCCCCAGGAAAAGCUGUGCUUUAUUUUAAACUGUUCCUAAACAGUUGACGUUAAGCAGCCUAGCUACUAAAGUGAGGUACACUACUUUGAGUGUAAUUUUAACAGCGGCAAGGUGGGACUGUGUGAACCAUAUUACCUAUCACUCUCAGCCAGCCUAAGCUGCAUUUAUCUUAGAGACCAUGAUGGAAAUAUGGAAUGCAUUAAAAUGUAUCAUAUACAAUCUAGCUGAGCGUCAGUUCACAAACCUCGAUGCUGCUGUAAUUUGAUAUGGCUCUUCAUACCAGAAUUAUUUGCUAUACGUCUGUAAAGUAUUUUUUUGUUCCCUUAAAGGUGUCUACUUCUCAUUCCAUAUUCCUUGUAAAAAGCUGCAGCCGUUAAUACUGCAUCACAAUGAGUGCGGGACGAGACCAGGUGAUUCAUCUGUUAAAGCUAUUGCAGCGAGCAUCGUAAGUUAUAAACAUUGCUAAAUAAAAAAAUAAAAUAAAAUAAUUUACCGUACAGUAGGCAGUCAGCUGCAGUAAUAAUUUAAUGAUGGAUUUAGAAAGAUGACUCCAUAUUAUUCUUCUUUCUGAUGCCUUACCUGUUUAAAUGUCAAUGGAUCCACUUAUUCAGGAGCUGUUCAGGGGGCAUAUGGACAACCUAUCCACUGACUUGAACUCACGUGGUCCCCUACCCAUCUUUAAUACAAAUGUUUGUUAGAUGUGCUAUAGUGAUGGCAUCAGAACUGGAUUCUCUUCUUUUUGUUUUUCCCUGCGUGUAUAUAGGUAAUAUCCAAUUAGUAAGAGUCAUUUUCCCAUUAGAAUAUUUAAUAGCAAAGCGAAAGAACUGUUCAUUUCAGUAAUUUUCAGAGUAAUUCCGUAGACCACUACUCAAGAGGGAACUAAGCUUAUUAUAUAGAUCACAUGCCUACCAUAUACAUAAAAUUUGUUUUAUGUCGAGUUUGCUUUUACAGUUUACAGCUUGGGACCUCAAGCUACUUUCAAGCAUGCUGUCUAUUAUUUUCUCAUUUGAUUUUUAGGUGCAAGUGCCCAGCCCACUCUCACACCUAUUCUCAAGGUAACGUCUUUAAUAUCUUUAGCUUUAUAUUGAUGGUUCUCAAACUGUAACAUACUUGUUUUAAAAAAACUUACUGUGUAAUGAACAAAACCCUUUAUUUGUGCAAUGCUGAGUCACUAGUGGGGCAGGACAUUUGGUAUCUACAUCUAUUAUUAAUCUGGAAUGUAUUCUUACCAAACUGGGAUUUAGAAGAUUUCCUCUUCUUUGGAGGUUCCUCAUUGCGUAAAUAGUAGUUGUGGUUACAUGUUAAAGUAUGUUAUCCAUUCAGCACUGACUAUGGACCCAGGCAUGAAAUGACAUUAUUAAUGUAUGCUAAAGAGGCUGUAGGCGUGGGAUCUGUACAGGAUGGAACAUUGGUGGAAAUAAAUAAAUUAGAAAUGUAACUAUGCCAAUCUUUUUUACAAGACGCAAGUUCAUGGUGUGGCUUAUGGGAAUUGUAGGCCAAUAUGCAUGCAUUCAGAUGCUAUAUCAGUAGCGUGGUAUGUUUACCUUAUACCUCAUGGUAUGUUUAGAAUAAAUGCACAUAAUAAGAAAUGUAAUCCUUCUCUAAAAAAUGUUUCUUGAACUAAUAAUUGUGCUCUGUUUCUAGCUCCUGCAGCGGGGAAAACAACAGACUAUGCAUUUGAGGUAAAAUAGUAACAUGUUUUAUAGUUACAUGUAGGAGAAAACCAAUAUAAUGGAGCGUUGUUUGUGGAAAUGGAACAUUGUAGGGAUAGCAACAUGGCUACCUUUUGGAUACGAGAUAUGGAGUAAGUUGGGGUGUAGAAGGUUUUAAACCUUUUGUAUGGUAAUAUGAGGGUCUUAUCAACCCCUUUUUUAUUUUUAUUAAAUUCUUUAUUUUCUAACAUGUGGCCAGCCGACACAUAAUUAACCAUUAAACUACCACGGGUUAUUGAACUAUUUGCCCUUUGGUUUCUAGCGCUGAAGCGAGCUAAUAGGUUGGAAUUUUUUAAGAAUAGUUUGUAUUUAAAGCAUUCUAGUCUGGAUUUUAAUGUUCGGCACUGUUGGUCUGGCUGAAAUCCGGACCAAAUUCAGGCCCAUUCAGUGCCGGAAUUGCAAAAUCUGGACGUUGUUAAAUAGUAUGAACAGUGUCUAGAAUUUUUUAGUUUAAAUAGUUUUGCCACAGUCAGCGCAGGUCCAUUCAGACUUGAGUGAAUAACCCUGUGUGGUAGUGAUAAUCCUCAUGGUAGCAAUAUGGAUCAAUUGCAGUUAAAUAUUAUUGUGGUAUUUGCAAUUAGUUCUUUAACAAAUAUAAUUUUAGAAUUUUAAUGAGAUUAGUGUGGGAUUCUAAAUUUUAAUUUACUCCCAAUUUCAGUUGGGUUAUAUUCUGCUAAUUAAAACUUUAGUAGGAGCUACACUUUGAAAACACUUAAACUGCUGUUGUUGACAAGCCUAGGUUUAUGUAACUAUGGAGGAAAUAACCCUUCCAUGUCUAAUUAUCGACAUAAUAACUGUUGCCAACAAGUAAUAUCAAAAAUGUCAUAACAAUAUCAAAACAAACACAAUUUCACUGUUUUAACACUUUUCCAUAACACGUUGACUUGACCAUUACCAGAUCAAUGUAAAAGGACCCAUUAUCUUACGUUAAGCACUUAAUCACAAUCCUUCUACAGAAGGACAGCCUCUAGCGGUGCUUUCUCUGAAAUAGUCGAGUAAAACUCAUAAAGACAGUCUGAUUGAGGCUGCAUAUCGUUUUACUGGCAUCCAGAAGUACUAGACUUCCAAUGCUUCCCUACGGGAAAUAAUUGGCUUGGCUGUGAUCAUCUAUCUAUGGAGGCAGGACCAGCCGUUGAGAGACUACUAGUGAGUUAAACUACUUUUUCCUUCAGAUGAGGAUACACAUUUGUAUUCUUAACGCUAUAUCGACCUUUAACUUUGAAAUAUCUACGUAUGGAACUGGAUAUUGUGAUAUUAAUUUGUUUGGAUUGGUUUUCAGUCAAUAAUGUUUUCUGACUUCAUUGUCAUUAUCGGCAGUAGGAUGGUCCAUGUAUUUUGGAUCACGAUUGCUUUGAUAGCGUCUAUGUUGUGUAAAAUUGCUUUGUUGCCUAUUCUUAUGCAAAAUAUUAAAACAUUAUUGGUCAGUUACCAGUGCUGGUUUAUAAUUUACCUUUGUGCUUCUCCUUUUCUCUCGAGAUGGCUGUUUCAAAUAUCAGAUAUGGAGAAAAUGUUACAAAGGAAGUUGGAAUGGUAAGAAUGAAAAAUACUGCAUCACUUCACUCUACUUUCCCAAUCUAUCCUCCACUCUAUGCCUUUACUUUUAUCACGUUUUAUUUUCUAUAAAACGUGUAAUAUCUUUUAUUACACUCUUCUAUCCUGCUUAUUCUCCCUGCUCUUUAACCUCUCUUCCAUACAUUUACAAAGUUCAUCCAUUUGAACCUACCUGUGCUUUUCCAACCUCGCUUUUCUCACACCUCUAUUUGCACUGUCGUUGUGCACCGCUGUGGGGACAGCCGCUGAUAGUACUUACCUACUGCAAAUCCCUCUUGUGUGAUCAUGUCCCUCUAUACUCCCAGCCACAUCACAGCUGUAUGCUUGUUGCCCCCUUGCUGAGGUUAGCCUCCUGUCUCCCUGAGGUUCUGAUGACAACUCAGUAUGGCAGAGGGAGUUGAGCACGGUCUUCAAAGUCCAGAAAUAGCGGUGAUUAGCCACAUGCUCCUGAAUGGUGACAUUUUAAAUAUUAAAGAAGCCACGCUGUGUAAUUAGGUGACCAGCACUGACCCUACCCCAGUGGACAUGGAUUAUAUCUUGCCCCCUAUAUACUUCCUCUGGUCACCUCAAUCAAUGCUCUGAUAUUUUGUGAGCUGCAUGUAGUAUAUUAAUGUUGCUACCGUAUUCUAUUACUGACUUCCUGUACUACUGUCACCUUUGGAUUAGCCCAUGUCUACAUACCUUUGCCAUCUGGACCAUCCACUGCUUAGUCCAGCUUUGUCUCUUGGAUUUACCUUUGAAAUUGACACCUGGUUUUACUUGUCCUUUGACUCACCCUGCUGGUCCUUAUCUGCUCUCCCCUGUCCGCUGCAAUUACCUGCUUACUGAGCCCCACACUACCAUACAUAACAUGCAGCUUGUUUUUGUCUCAUGGUUUCCUAUGAGCAUGGCAUUCCUAUUUAUUUAACUUUUUAGGACUUACAGAAUCUAGGGAUGAAAAACGUCUGUGUGAUGACAGACAAGAAUCUUGCUCAGCUGCCUCCGGUGAGGGCCGUGCUCAAUUCACUAAUCAGGAAUAAAAUCAAUUUCAGUGUUUACGACAAUGUAAGGGUGGAACCAACUGAUAAAAGGUAAAAUUACAUUUUAGACAUUUUACAUUAAUCGAUACAAAGAUAUUUCAUUAAGAGAUCCAUACUUAGAAUCACAUUUUUCUUUAAGAGAUCCAUACUUAAAAUCACAUUUUUCUUUAAGAGAUCCAUACUUAGAAUCACAUUUUUCAUUAAGAGAUCCAUACCUAGAAUCUAUUUUUUCUUUAAGAGAUCCCUACUUAGAAUCACAUUUUUUAUCAAGAGAUCCAUACUUAGAAUCACAUUUUUCUUUAAGAGAUCCAUACUUAGAAUCUAAUUUUUCUUUAAGAGAUCCCUACAUAGAAUCACAUUUUUUAUCGAGAGAUCCAUACUUAGAAUCACAUUUUUCAUCAAGAGAUCCAUACUUAGAAUUAUAUUUUUUAUCAAAAGAUCCAUACUUAGAAUCUAAUUUUUCUUUAAGAGAUCCAUACUUAGAAUCACAUUUUUUAUCAAGAGAUCCAUACUUAGAAUCUAAUUUUUCUUUAUGAGAUCCAUACUUAGAAUCACAUUUUUCAUUAAGAGAUCCAUACUUAGAAUCAUAAUUUUCAUUAAGAGAUCCUACUUAGAAUCACAUUUUUCAUUGAGAUCCCUACUUAGAAUCACAUUUGUUAUUAAGAGAUCCAUACUUAGAAUCAUAAUUUUCAUUAAGAGCUCCAAACUUAAAAUCUAAUUUUUCUUUAAGAGAUCCAUACUUAGAAUCUAAUUUUUCUUUAUGAGAUCCAUACUUAGAAUCACAUUUUUCAUUAAGAGAUCCAUACUUAGAAUCACAUUUGUUAUUAAGAGAUCCAUACUUAGAAUCAUAAUUUUCAUUAAGAGCUCCAUACUUAGAAUCACAUUUGUUAUUAAGAGAUCGAUACUUAGAAUCAUAAUUUUAAUUAAGAGCUCCAAACUUAAAAUCUAAUUUUUCUUUAAGAGAUCCAUAUUUAGAAUCUAAUUUUUCUUUAUGAGAUCCAUACUUAGAAUCACAUUUUUCAUUAAGAGAUCCAUACUUAGAAUCACAUUUGUUAUUAAGAGAUCCAUACUUAGAAUCAUAAUUUUCAUUAAGAGCUCCAAACUUAAAAUCUAAUUUUUCUUUAAGAGAUCCAUACUUAGAAUCACAUUUGUUAUUAAGAGAUCAUACUUAGAAUCUAAUUUUUCUUUAUGAGAUCCAUACUUAGAAUCUAAUUUUUCUUUAUGAGAUCCAUACUUAGAAUCACAUUUUUCAUUAAGAGAUCCAUACUUAGAAUCACAUUUUUUAUCAAGAGAUUCAUACUUAGAAUCUGUUCCAAUAUGUAUUCUAACAAUGCAUUAUCUGGUAGAACAGUUUCUCAGUAUCUGUGAUUCCAUUCACUUUGUCUUUUUCCCCCCUGUCAGUUUUAUGGAUGCAAUCGAGUUUGCUAGGAAAGGAAAGUUUGAUGCUUACGUGGCUGUUGGUGGAGGGUCUGUGAUGGACACCUGUAAAGCAGCUAACUUAUACGCGUCCAGCCCCGAGUCAGACCUCCUCGACUUUGUUAAUGCCCCAAUUGGAAAGGGAAAGCCUGUGACUGUGCCUCUUAACCCUCUCAUUGCAGGUAAACCUACAUCAUAUAUUUCCAUUCAACCAGAUGAGUUAACCCCUUAAGGACACAUGACGAAAAUAUUGCGUCAUGAUUCACUUUUAUUCCAGAAGGUGUGUCCUUAAGGGGUUAAAAUGAUUUUCACAGAAAAGUUGCUACAAUCUGCCAAUAGAAUGCUUCUCAUAGAGUUCAGCGUCGUCUUGCUGUGUGUGAUGAUGACAAAUGAAAAAAAUCCUUUAGAAAUUGAAGAUCUUAAGGAGGAAGUGCCUUUAGUGGCUAAGUGUUUUAUAGUCACUAAAGGCAUGGUUUUGGCAAAAUAAAAACAUUGAUGUUUCUCAGAAAUUGUAACAUUUUAAAUUGUUUGAGAAAAAGAUCAGCAUCGAUGGACUAAAUCCACCACAUUAAAGGGUUAGUCCAAGCAUCAUGACCACUGCAGUCUAAUGUAAUGCUUAUGAUAAUUGGAGUACCCUUGCACUGUUCCCCAGUAAUAGGACAAACUGUUUUGCAAUGCCCUUUUACCUGGGUACCGCUGGGCUCAGAGCCUUGUGUCAUGCUAGCUGACAUACAUCAGGCUUUUGCAGAGCUGCAGACACCAGAUGCAAAUUCCAAUGGUCAUACAUUGGCUGAGAGCGUCUGCGGAGAGGUAUGAGUAAGUGAAUGAAUUUCUGUUUGCAGAAUAUGCACAAAAUUGACAUUAGCCAGCCCAAAAUUUUCGUAGUCUAGCUAAUUACAUUGCUGAAGGUGGAGGUUUCACCUCUCGCUUCAAUGUAUCUAAUAAAGUGUGCAGGUUAUCUUGCGGAGACUUUCACCGUGGCCACUUCAAAACCCCGCAGUCAUGGUGAUUGUAAUAACCCAUUAUUUGGUGAUUUUGCUACUAAAAGUGUCCCUUUAAUGAAAUGUGAUAACAAAGUAUAUAAAGCUGUUUACCCCACCAUAACAUUUAGGAUAUGUAAGACAUGUUAACUCUGAUUGAUAAGACCAGUCCACACAAUCCACACUCCAAGUCUCCGGUUUUUAACCUAUUUGGACUACUGUUGAUUUUGUUGCUAACGAUGUUGAAUAUUUUCUCCCAGUUCCCACUACCUCUGGAACAGGAAGUGAAACCACUGGAAUCGCUAUAUUUGAUUAUGAAGAACUAAAUGCAAAAACAGGUAUGUCAUAGGAUGUGUAUAAGAAUAUCACCUGACUGCUAACUUUAGACGCAUGUGUCAAAAUACCAAGUUAAACGGCCGCACCCCCUUUGCAUUUUAUUGGCAAUGCAUAAAAAGUAUAUAAAGCUCUCCUUUCAGUAAAUUCCUUAGUCUGGAUCCUCCUCCUCCGUUAUUGUCCAUUUCACCCAUAUUUUCACAUAUUUACCAUUUAUUCCUAAAAGGGCAUGUAUUUCACACAAAGAGAUUCCUCGUCAAAAUGCAGUUCUUCAUGGUAUUACCAAUUGAAGAAGUAGAGUGAAGCAAACAUGCAUUUUUUUUCUUGUUUGUUAUAUUUUUGCAAACACCAUGCACGUGGCAUCAAGCAAACAUAUAAAUCCGCAAAUCAAGGUGAUUUUCUUUUUUUUUAACCUGAUACAUCAAUAUUUAUGGAUACAUGCUGCAUGGCGUGUACCUGUAAUACAACAGUUAAAUAUAGCAGAUAUAAAAUCAAUAACAGUCUACUUCACUCUCUAGCUGUUUUUUUGUUUGUUUGUUUGUUUUUUUUACAUUUGGAUGUCACUCUAUGGGGAUCAUGGGGAUUAUAGUUCAGUAUAAGUUGGAGUGCUCUGUGUGAGGUCGCCUAAUAGAGAUAAAAGCAGAUUAACAAUUAAAACUAUUAAAUGUCUGAUAUGCAAGAUUGGAAAACAAAUAAAAUGUUAUUGAUGAAGUGGUUAUUUAAUGUUAGCCAAAAAUGUGUAGCAAAUACAGACAUAAAAUUGGGUUUACAAGCAUCUGGACUGUAUUUAUACAAUAAUGGAUCAUACUCGGCCAAAUGUCUAAAAAUCAUAUCAUCAGGCACGAUUUAAUUGUCUGAUUUUGUCAGAUUGGUAUUUUGCUCUUUAUAUUUUUUAAGCUAAGCCCUGGCCCUAUCCUAAUAUAGCCAACCCUCAUUGAAAAUCAGGUUUAUUGUCAGAAUUUACAGAAUUUCAGCUGUUUGCAAACAACAAAUCAAACAGAUGCAAUUGAAAUAGUUCUACACAAUGAAUUCUUAAAGUGGUUUCCCCAAAUUCAACUGAAAAUUCAACUUCAACUUCUAUUGACUUCUCUAGUCUCAAAAUUAUUCAGCCCCCUGAAUAGAAUCCCUCACAACAGCACAAAUAUGAAAAACAUGUGUUGUCUCAAGCACACCUGAUGCAACUAAUCAAGGGCUUCAUUAGUUGCACCAAAUGUGCAUGAGCUGGAACACUUGAAAUACUUGAACUGAGUAGAGCUUUGUUGAGUGUCACAUUUGACUGCAUGUUAGAAAUAUGGAUAAGUCAAAAGAAUGGUCCACAAAGUUAAGAGAAGAGUUCAUCGCCCUUCACAAACAAGGAAAAGGAUAACUUUAUUUGUAUUUGUAUUCCUAACGUUAGAGUGUUCCUUUUAAUAACUGCAUAUUAAUUAAUUAAUUGCUUUCUUUUCUAAGCAUCUCUUUAUUUAAAAAGCAAUGUGUAGAAAAUGUAGGAAGAAUAACAACUUAUUUACAGAGAUAUAUGCAUUAUUAAAUAAUAUUUCUAUUAAAACAUAAUGAAUAAAUAAUUACAUUAUUUAAUAAAUAUUUGUAUCAUAUCUUUUUUCUAUCAAAACAAUGCACAUCUCAGUUAUAAGUUACACCUUCAAUAAAAAAUAUAUACAAAAGAUGUAAUCAAAGUUAUUUAGAUGUCUUCAAUAAAAAAAAUUUCAGCUAUACAAUUAACCACACCUUAUAUAUUUUUUAGGUAUUGCUUCUAGAGCUAUAAAACCAACUUUAGGGCUCAUUGAUCCAUUACAUACACUUCAUAUGCCAGAAAGAGUCAUUGCGAAUAGUGGUUUCGAUGUAUUGUGGUAAGUAUGAAUUUCCUUCAAGUGCAACAUAAAUCUCAAGGUAAACCAAUGGUGCGUGUUUUGUUUUUUAUUACUGACCAGAAUUCUGCUCCUUUAUUAUAUAAACAUGUUACUUAGUUACAGACAUUGCAGUUCUGUUCAGCAGUGUCUCUAUUAUCACACUCGCUAGUUUUGCUUUUUUUCUCCAUAUCUCUGUCAAAUAACAAGAAGUAUAAUGCUGCGUUGAUUAUGAAGGUUACUCCUGUAAUUCGUUCUCAGUGGAGAUGGGCUUAGACAGAUUGUUGAAUGGUUGUUUGAGAGUACAGUUACAUAGGUAAAGUGCAUCAGUAAGAUGCUAAGACACCAUAAACUCUGUUCUUCAUGAGGUAGGCAUUAUUAAAUAUGACAUGGGAGGUAUCCAAAGUCACUUUAUUACACAAUCCAUAACAUAACUACUGCUGUAAUGGUUAUUGUCCAGUUGGGCUGUGGGAACCUUCCUCUGGUAAGGCCAUUAAACCAAAACCAAGGUUUGACGGACCUCCCAUACUCCGACUGAGUACCUCCGUCCAAUAUGCUUCCUAGCCACUUGCAGGGACCCUGGAGCGCUUCAACCUCAGUCGCAUAGGCUUGACUGAGGUCUCUCUGGAGCUUUUCCAUCUGACCAGACUGCAGCUCUCUUUCCAAGCAGGUAUCGUCCCCUCUGCCUAUCCCACUGCAUUCCUUCUUCAUUAAGGGCUGGGGAAGACAAUAUUUAACACAAAAUAUCUCUCCUGCCUGCAGAAUUAGCAAUAUGCAAAUCUACCUGAUAAUGCAAUUUAACAAGCCUUGCUAUCCAGGUAGUGCAUAUUGCUGUUGCUACCAACAGAGGGCGCUAUACAGGCUCCGUAGCCAAAUCCAUCAGCAGAACAGGAGAGCAAACAAAACAUUGAACACUAUACAAUACAUAUUACACACACACCCUGUACCUAUAAUGGGCACAGGGUGACUAAAACAUAGGAAUAGUCCAGGGACCUACAUACAUAGUCUGUCUGAAGCUCCAGGUGAUGGUGACUACCGUCCCACAAGGGUCCCCAAGUUACUUGUGAACUGACGUCCUACUCUCUCUAAUACAGAAGCUACACAUAUGCGUUAGCAAUAUCAUUUUUGUCCAUAUUUGAGCACCAUAGAUAGACUUAGCAUCUGACAGGACAUCCAAUCAAUGAAUGGCCCAAAUUGAUGUUGGUAACUUCAGGAGCUUCUGCAUUAGCAAUAUGGCAAGCAGGGAUAAAGCACAGGCACUCCAUAAUUUGAUCAAACUGCUCUGCUGGCACUCUAACCACUACAAAGUCAUGCAGUGGUUAUGUGGCUUAUACUGCUCUCUUAAAUUCUAAUACGAUUAUCAGUGUAUUGCAAAUCAGUAUGCUGUACUCUCAUCUGUUAUUCAAAUGGUUUAACCCUCCAACAGGUGAAGGGUUGUGGCACAUAUACACAAAAUCAUAGACGUUUUUUCCCCAAUGUGCUAAAUAUCUGUGUGUUAGGGAUCAUUUCAUUGUAUAUAACCAGUAAGGUUCUUAUGCCACCACCAACAUUAACAUUACUGAGAUAUUAGUCAGUCAUUUCAUACUGGUUUAAUAUAAUUCCAUUUUAGAUCAUUCAUGAAAUGUUGGUCUUGGUUGUAAUUUUUACUUCAUAUAUGCUCGGCUUUGUUUGUCAUCAUUUCCAUUUAAUAAAUUAUAUGAUUUGUGUAUAUUGCUUGCACUCAGAACAUUACUUUGCUAUCUAUGCCAUGGUUGGUGAGUUUCCCUGUAAUUAAAGUGUCACAAAAUGAAGCAGCAUGCCGUCAGGUCAGCUGUCAGAGCAAGGAGUAUGAGAAUAAAAAAAGGAAACUCGCCUUAGAACAUCCCUCGUAAAUAUGACAUAGAACAGAGAAUAAUCCCCUGUAAAAGAAAAAAAUACCGCCACUCAAAAACAAAAAAGGGGGUAGACACAGCAGAAAAUGCUUACUUGGUAUAAAGUCGUUGCUUGUCACAUAAAAAUCCUGGUGCUUUCAUCUCCGUGCUGGACUGAUCCUAAAUAAAACAUAUGUAGAACACCAAUAUUUCCAUUAAAGUCCGCACACAGUAAUAGCUCCAAAAUAAUCACACAGAUAGGUCAUGAAAAAGUACACAAUAUAUUAAAAAACAGUUAGAAGAAAAAAUAUAACAAAACUGGCAGCAACUCCUAAUAAGAUGUUAAGCUCUCCACCUCUCUGUUCCUGUACGUCCAUUUGUCUGGUUACAAUUACAUGUCUGUUAGUCCACCCAUUGUACAGCGCUGCGGAAUCUGAUGGCGCUAUAUAAAUAAUAAAAUAAUAAUAAUAAUGUUACCUCCAAUAUUUUCACCAAAAGUCAGUGUGCAACUCAUGCACAUUCACAAAGCUGGAAAUGAAACAGCCUGCAUCCAAAAGGAAACAGAACAAAAAAAAAAGAGAGUGCCAAGACAGGCACGAAACGUGCGAAGGGCUUUCCUGAAGGUUUGCUGGGACCCUCUCCAGUGUCUCUUUUUUCCUCCUCCUAGUAGAUUUUGCUAUCUCCAGUUGCCUUUCCCUGCUCCCCUCUUUUUUUUUUUUUCAUUUUGGUUGCAGGGUGUUUCAUUUCCACCUAUGUGAAUGUGCGUAUCAGUUGAACCCUGGCUUUUAGUGCAAAUAUUGGAGGUAACAUCUUAUUAGGUGUGUCAUGCCAAAACAUGAGUUGGCAUUUGGUACAUAAUGUUAUGAGUUGUUUUUUGUAAACGUUGGGAUAACAUUUAUUGUGGGCUUUGAUCUUACACCAGGCCUAGGCCAUCAAACUUCUCGAUAACCAUCACCAGAGCUGGACAUAGGGCAUUGUAAAAAGGUAUUGGUGCAUAUGCUCUAACUUUUGGGUCUUCAAAGGAUAACAUAAUUUAAAAAAAUAAACAGCCAGGCCAAAUCCCUCUGAUCCACCCACUUAGAAACUUCCCUGCUUUUGAGUUAUAAUGCAGAUGUUGGACUAUCCAGGGAAGAUUUCUUUUUUUCAACAACUACUUUGAGACCUGUAACAUCUGAAUCUCCCAAAAGAAUUCUAUAUCGGGGGUAAAUAUAUGUAAGGAAUUUCUUGUGUUUUCUCCUAUUUUAUUUUAUGGACUGGUUUGCAAUUUGUUUUCUGUAUGUCAUUUAUUUCUGUAUUUUUGUACCCAGCACUGUCAGAUUAAAUGUUUACAUAAUCAGCUUGUGUCUUUGUUCUCUAUGAGUUUACUCUUCUGAGGUCAGGUAAACAUGUUACCAAAAGGGUUAAUUAUAUAUGUCUGAUCAGUAAAGUAAGGUUGUGAUACUAUAAUUCUACUGUGUGUGGGGUAACCUAAGACGCUCGGAUAUAAAGUCUUGGUGGUGGCAGUAAAGUGUGUACUAGGGUGUUAGUGUAGAAGGGAUUGCAGGGGUUAAUUUAGUGGUUGCUGGGACUAGCAACAGGUAACCAGGGGUCUGGUGUAAUUAACCUUUUCACUUCCACACUCUCUCCAGUGUCUCGGCUGGGCCCAUAGCCCACGUUCGUGACAAGGUGGGCUACUAGUUGCUGACUUUUGUUAUAUUUUUUUCCUCUAUCUAUUUUUUUUAUAAAUUGUGCACUUUUUCAUUACCUACCGUGGCAUUAUUUUGGAGCUACUACCGUGUGCGGAUUUCAAUGGAAAUAUUGGUGUACUACGUUAGAACAUCCCUCUACUGGGAAUUGGGUCUGUGCCUGAAGGAACACAUUUGCCUGAAAAUAAACAUUGUAGCCUAACUUGGAAUUCAGAGUAUAGAUCCUUUUGGACCUUUUUUUAAAUUUUUUUAAAAAGUGCUUACUUUAUUUUACUUUUGUGUCUUUUAGCCACUCACUCGAGUCCUACACUGCUCUGCCCUAUCACAUGCGCAGCCCCUGUCCUACUAAUCCAAUAGAGCGCCCAACUUACCAGGGGAGCAAUCCAAUCAGUGAUGUCUGGGCCAAACAUGCCUUGAGGAUUGUGGCCAAAUACCUAAAGAGGUACAAUUCCCGACUUUGGAUGAGGCUGCUAACCAGAAUUAGCUUCAUGGGUGUAAUGCAAGAGUUUAUAAAUGUAAAAUUAAUAUUUAUACAAUAUUUAUAGACUCAAUGUACAAUGUAUUCCGUGCAGAGAAGUUAAAAAUCUUUAAUGUUCGAAAUAAAUUGUAUUAAAAUCUGCAUGUUUAGCCCUUAAGUUACCUGUUACGUGGACAAACUUUUAAAUCCAAAACUCACAUUAAGCUGACAUUGUUCUCCACACCCUGUGGGCUAAACCUCUUUCCUGCUUUACCCUUCUUUAUAUGAUUUACUAUACUGACACCCAUUCUGAUACAUUUUAUAUGUGUUUACUGUUAUAGCAUUAAAUAUGUGUGUUAUUGUUUAUAUGUGUUUAUUAUUAUUAUUAUUAUUCAGGUUACCCUGUUAAUGAUCUAAUUUUUCAGUCUGUACCUUGUAAAAAAGUUAAUAAACUGAAUAUAUAUAUAUGUAUAUGUUCGAGGCAGUGGUUCCCUAUUAAUUGUUUAAUUAUAUAAACACAGGCUCUACUUGACCCUCUUUACUCUGAUAUCCAUUUUGGUUAUUUACUGAAACCUUUCUAACUACCGUGACCAGUGAUUUCAUCUCGAAAUUGGAAGCUUAUUACUCUAUACCAGUGGUUCCCAAACUUUUUAAGUUCAAGGCUCCCUUAAUAUUUCAGUAUUUUUCCAAGGCACCCCAAGUCACAAUUUCUAGGUUGCAUAUCUGUACAGCGCUGCGGCAUUUAUUGGCGCUAUAGUGUAAUGGACAGUGUUGGUGUUUGAAGGGGUGCUUGUAUAUAGUUAUUGUGUUUUAAUACAGGGGUGUGUUUGCAUUUAAUGUUUGCGUUUGAUUGCAGGGGUGUGUCUGAAUGUAACGUUCACUUUUAAAUUUGGAUGUACAUUUGUGUGAAGUAUUUGUGUUUGAGUGAAGAGAUGUGUUUGUUUUUAUAUAUUUUGUUUGAAUGCAGGGGUGUGUGUAUGUAAUGUUUGAGUUAGAAUGCAGGAGUGUGCUUGUAUGUUAUGGUGGUGUUUGACUGCUUGGAUGUAUGCACAUACAUACAUACAUACUUACACAGACAUUCAUGCACAUUAACACACAGAUGCAUAUAAAUGCAUCGACACAUACACACCAAUUCAUAUAGACACCGACACAUACACACAUAUAGAUACACACCGACAUAUACACACAUGCACCCUGACACACACAAACAUUGAUACAUGCCUGCACCAUGACACAGAUACACACACUGACAUAAAAAGACACACCCUGACACACAGGCGCACAUACACGGAUGUGUGCGCAGACACAGAAGCACACUGACAUAUAUACACACACACACUCAUAAACACCCUGACAGACACACACACACACACUCAUACACACACACACUCAUACACACACUUAUACACAUACACACUCAUACACACACUCAUACUCACACACACACACACUCACACACACACACACUCAUACACACUCAAACUCAUACACACACUCAUACACACACACACACACACUCAUACACACAUACACACACUCACACACAUACACACUUAUACUCACACUCACACACAUACACACACACAAACUCAUACAUACACUCACACACAUACAAGUGAUUUGUUUUUUAAUAUCUCCAGCCACCCUCUGUCAGCUUACCUUAUGUGCCAGGAGGAUGGAUGGAGUCCUGCUGCUGGUGGGAGUGAGGGGUCUGGAGCUGCCUCUUCCCACGCUGCCUCCCUGCAGGAUGCUGGCAGGAAGUGACAGGCUGUAAUUUCCUCCCAGCCAGCCAACAUUACAGGGGUCCAGUCGCGGUCUUAAAGCACCGCGGGACUUGACUGGGCCCCUGUUCAGCAGUAAUGUUUCACCGGUGCUAUAAUCAUAGCACCAGGGAAACAUUACGUGGCACCCCUGUGCACACAGUUUGGGAACCGCUGCUCUAUACCAAUUCUUCUUGAUGUUUCUACUUCUUUUAACACUGUGGAUCACCUACUAUAUGUUAUUGUAUUCAUCAUACGGUCGUAGCAUGUGUGAUUAUGUGCUUUCCUCAUUCUAGUCUUCAGCAACAUUUAUAGAAUCUAAUUUUCUGGUACUUGAUCCUCCAUAUUACAUCAUUCACUAGAAGCAGACCAAAGUAUAUUUUCAAGUGCUCUUUUAUGUUUUUCUUAAAUCAAUCUUAAACAACCCUAUUUUUACUAUGAAAAAAAACAAAACAAUCAGUUGUAGGAUAUAUAUGAGAACUGCUAUGUUUUUUGAGACAACGAAAGACCAUUGUCAAUUAUAAUUUCCAUAUUGUUUGAGGGUUUUUUUAAUUCUAAUUACCAUCUUUCUUUUACAAAUAUCCACAGAGCUGUAAAAAAUCCAGAUGAUCGUGAAGCUCGGUUCUCCAUGCACUUAGCAAGCUCAUUUGCAGGCAUUGGGUUUGGAAAUGCCGGGGUGCACCUCUGGUGAGCUUCAUGCACACUAUCUGUGUUAUAGAAAGUUUUACUUAUAUGUGGUGUUCAAUAUUGGGUUGGUGUGCCAAUAAUGCCUUAAUCAGUGUCUUAAACUAUAGCCACCAGAGCAACUACAAAAAAAAAAUCAGUGCUUACAUUACUGCCCAGGGACACCUCCAGUGGCAGUCACUCAAAUAGCCACUAGAGCUGCUUCCUGGGUCAGUGCUGCACAACACUGAACUUUCUCAUAGAGAUGCAUCGAUUCAAUGUAUUUCUAUAAGGAGAUGCUGAUUGGUCAGUGCGGCAUUUGGCUCCACCCCAAAACCCGCCUCCUUGGCUGAGAUAAUCAGAAUUGACAAUCUGAGUCAAUGCAUUGCCUACCUAUGGGAAAGUAUUGGAUUGGCUGAGAACAUCAAUUCUGAUGACGUCAGCCAAGAAGGUGGACCAGGGGUAGGACCAACGCCAGCAGACCUGUGUGGCGCUGGAAUAAAGGUAGGUUUUCUAUUUAUUUAAGGGGAGUAAGGGAGGGCCGGGGCUAAAUAGUGUUUUUAAUACUAUAUGGUCCGCAAUACAUGUUUGUGUUCUUGACCCUAUAGUGUUCCUCUAAAGUGACAUUCCAAAGAACACUAUUUCAUCAUGUGCAACAUAUAGUGCAAUCUAAAUCCUGAUUUUUUUUUUAAUCAUUGCACUACAUCACUCUGUGCUGCUCAGCAAUUACAUGUAAGAAUAAACCUUUAUUCAAUAUGGGUAUAAAGUGAAAUGCCAAAAUUUGUUAGGAUAAACUGUGAGGUCAUCUCAAUGUAAACCAACAACUGUAUUCUUUUGCUAGAUGUCUUCCUAAAUAAUGCCGCUGUAACCUGGUAUUUUCUGGUACAGCCUGCACAGAGAACCUUCUUAUUGAAAACAGAACUAAAUUAGACUCUUGAUAUAUGUAUACAUCACAUGUAAUAUAAAAAUAAAAGAUAACUUUUAUUAGGUACAACCUCAAUAAUAUAUUGCUUUUACUUUUUUUUUCUUUCCAGUCAUGGGAUGUCAUACCCUAUUUCAGGCCUUGUAAAGACCUACAGAGCCAAGGAUUAUAACGUGGAGCACCCAAUAGUGGUAAACUGAUGGAAUUUAGUGGAAUUUGCAAAAUGUAGGUUACAAUAGUCAGUGCAAACACACAAACAUAAGCCCUGCUCUAAAAAACUCUCACUACUUCUGGGAGGCAGCAAUUGCUAUAGUAUUUAUCGGGUCAAAUACAGGGGACAUAACCAAAAUAAUUACCUGCACACUAUCCAAAUCCAUACGCAAGGUUUUUAGUACCACUGCAAUGGCCAUUAAAGUGUAAGCUCAUCUGCCACAUCAAGGCAAGUCUCGUACAUGAGUCCUACACUAAUAAUUCACAUUGAUGCUUUCAGCUAAAAGGCAAAAUCUCUAAUGAGACAGAAAGGGGUAUUCUUAUUAACCCAAUACACUCAUAAACCCUUAAUGGGACACAUGAGGUGGGAAGCAGCACUGUAACAUGACUGUGUAACACAGAAGCAAAUACAAAGACACAAAAUUAAGCCAUGCACUCAAACAAUAGUCAGUGGCAUAGAACAGUGAUGGCUAAAGCAACAGUUUUCCCCCUUACCUGGGUGUACCAAAAGGCUGCAAGCUACAGCGGUUGAUAUUCAUUGGCUGACCACUCUCUGCUCAUGACUGUCAUUCUGGGCUGGCCGGUGACACCACUAUGACGCUGCCAGAAAAGGAGGUACCCUUACAGCAACAGAGGAGUGAAUCAAAUUUAAAGGCUGCACACACAGCAUCCAGGCACCAUGACCACUUCAAAUCAAUGAAACAGUCAUGGUGUACGGAGGAACACUUUAACAUUGGAAAUUUUAUUUUUGAGCAUCAAAAAUAGUUGUUCUUUAACUUGUAUUUGAGACGUACCUCCCAACUUUGGUUGGUAUGGAAUCGGGACGGUGAGCGGGCCUUCAGGUGGGUAUUAGUUGUGGUGCUUGGAGUGGCACUUUAAAGAAAGUUUUCUCUAGAAGCUGUAGAUUUAUCUUAUAUUUAUUUUAGUUAUCUUUUUUAAGUGAAACCAUAAGGUUUGAACUACAAUCUUUUUAUUGCAGAAUAUGUUAUGAAUCCCAUGUGCUAGGUAUGCAAUGCAUCCCAUGUUGUCAAAUUAUUUUUUUUGCAAAUUACUACCAAAAUUGAGUGUAAACAUUUUCUACCACCCUGUGCCAAAUCUGAUCCUCCCGCUGACACACACACAUACUCACAGACAGACACACACACACUCUCACAGACACUGACAGACACACACACACUCUCACAGACAGACACACACACACUCUCACAGACAGACACACACACACACACACAUACUCACAGACAGACACACAUACUCACAUACAGACACACACAGACUCACUGACAGACACACACAUACUGACAGACACACACACAUACUCACUGACAGACACACACACACACACUCACAGACACACAUACAGACACACACUGACAGACAGACACACACAUGCAAACGCACACUGACAGACACACACACACACUCACUGACAGACACACACACACACAAACUCACAGACAGACACACACUCACUGACAGACACACACACACACCCACUGACAGACAGACACAAACACGCAUACUGACAGACACACACUCACUGACAGACAAACACUCACACUCACUGACAGACAAACACACAGACACUCACUAACAGACACACACUCAUACACAUACUUACUGACAGACACACACUCACUGACAGACACUCACACACACACACACACACACACAUACUUUACUUUAUUGCUCCCUACCUUUUGGAGCAGAUAUGGGGCAUCUCCCUGGGGUCGUUCUAUCUGCUCCUGCACGCGGUUUAGUGAUGCCGGGUGCCGGGUAAGUGUUAGCAGAGUAGGCACCUGCAAUGUAGGGAAAGCAGGUGCCUACUCUGCUAUAACACCAGCAUGUACUCGUGGCUCGCCGGGCCACAAAGAUGGUCCUUGUGGGCCGCAUGCAUCCCGCGGGCAGCGAGUUUGACAUGCUUGAUGUAGAGGAAUGAAUUUCUCUGCCAGAAGCUACUCGUCACGAAUAUAAUGACUGCAAACUUGCUUUCAACCAGUAAAGGCAGUUUCAAUGGGUAAUAUUAUUCCUACAGUCAGAGAUGGAGGAGGAGUGAAUGCACUUUACAAUUUUACUGAUAGCAUUCCAGAGAGUGAUAAUGAUUGCUAUAGCAGUUUUAAAUGCCUUUAAAUGCAGUUAAAUCAGAUUUCUAAAAUAAUGUAUACGAGCAUUAUACAUAGAUGCAGACAUUCUUUUUGCAUGCUGUUGCAGUUUUCAGUGAGCUGCACUGCUAGUAAUGUCUUCAUGAUCCUUGCAGAUACCUAUAAAAAUGCAUUUGAUGAUUUUUAUUUACUUAUUGUGUCACACCUAGUGUAUAUGAGAAAAAGGUUUGUUUUUUAUAUACUAAAAUAUCAGACCCUGUUUGAAAAAUUGCAAGAUAAAAACCUAAAGAAAGGGUAAAAAAAUUAUAAUAAAAAGGUAUAUAAUACAUAUUUUUAAGUUUGUCUGCAAAGCAAUCUAUGUCACAAUAUGUUUAUAUUCUAGCUUAUGCACCCCUUGCGUCAAAUACAAAUUCUGAUAUUUUAAAAAGCUUGGUAGUAAAGGUUAACUUACAUAUAAAGCACAUGCACUAGAAUCUUAAAAUAUAAAAUGUUUGGUUUUACCCUAGGGAAUCACAACAAUGUGCUUGGCUUAGGAUAAAAGCAUUGCUAUUAACCCCUUAAGGACCAAACUUCUGGAAUAAAAGGGAAUCAUGACAUGUCACACAUGUCAUGUGUCCUUAAGGGGUUAAACAGCAAGUAAUUAACAUGGGCAGUUAUAUUUCAAUGCAAGCCAGACUUAUCCAGAACUUGCUGACGUACUUGUCACCGAACGCCUGUCUUUUUUCAGCCUCAUGGACUUUCAGUUGUUCUGACGUCCCCAGCUGUGUUUUCAUUCACUGCGUCAAUGUGUCCAGAGCGCCACCUAGAGGCAGCAGAAAUACUUGGUAAGGCUGCAUACUUUUUAUAUGCAUUUUCUCAAAAUAAUUUCGCUCUUGUUUUUCCUCUUGUGUACAUAUUUUAUAUGUCAGAAACACAGCUGUAGUCUUAUUUCAUUGGUUUAAAUUAUUUUUCAAGUAAGAUAUUACACCAUAUAGCACAAAACACACCAUUAAUAUUAAUAGCGAUUUACCCUUUUAGCUCAGUCUUUACAAAAAAAUUAAAGGCUUAAUUAGUAGAGAUACAUGUUGUCCUUAGUUUUGAUUCACACCAUACUUGCAGCCAGAUUUAUGGCUUGUAUCCAAUGUUGUCAUAAAGUUUUACUUACAAGCCACUACUGAUUUGAAUUCCUAAAUGGCAGAUAUUUAAUCAGUGAGACUGCAUGGGCAUUAUUUAUACCAAAACUGCUUAAUUAAGCUAACGUUGUUUUGCUGCCUAUAGUAUCCCUUUAAUUUCCCAACUAGAUGCAAAAUUUUACAGGCUGAUACAAAGAGAGAAAGUGAAGUUAACAGCUGUAGGAAAACAAUAUGUGCUAUAUACAAGUUAUUAUAUUUAAACCCUCAAGUACAUUGAUGCUCUCAUGCAGUCAGCUAAGCUCUGCAGAGCAGGCCGUAGCACAGGAAGACUAAUGGAAGUUUCUCUUUGGCUGUCUAGUGAUUGUAGUGAAGGCAGAGAGUGGCGCCUGGCUGGCAGACCCCUGGUAAGAAGUCAAAUAAUUCAAAAAUGGUUUGACUCUUUGCAAUGGGAGGGCGCCAGGACACUCCUGAGAUUAGUGUGUAGUGGUUAUGGUUGUUGUAUUGUUUUUAUGGUGACAACUUGGAUGCAAACCUGGCAUAGUACGUAUCUGUCUGAGACAUGUGCUAGUGUAUAUAUAUUGUUGGCGCUAUAUAAAUAAUUAAAAAAUAAUAAUAAUAAUAAUAAUAAUAGUGCAAACUUCAUCUGCAAAUAAACUUAAUAUCUCCUUUGUCUAUCCUGUUGUGUCGCAGGUGAAUUACGAAUUUUUUUUUUACUGGCAAGCAGUGAUUUAUAUGGCAAGAACUUAGAAAGCCGCCUUUAAGUGCUUUAUGUUUAAGUCACUAAUAGGUGACAUUGGUAGCAGGUGGACAUUAGUAGCAAUAGGCUUCAAUCUCUUAGUAGUAACAUCAACUUACUGUUAAUAUUUAACAACAGUAUUGGUAAUGAUUCCUCAGAGUCUGCAGCAAAAGUAUGGAUCAUACAAAAAACAUGCAAAAGUAGAGAGAGUGCUUUAUAUACAUAAAAUGGUAUGAAUAGUUAUAGGCUUUGCUUCAUCAUGGAAUAUCCAUCAAACAUAUCACCAUCAUUUCUUCCAUGCAGUUCUCAGGGAUUUCCAAUACAAAUGAUGCAUAUUGCUCAGAAAAUGCGCAUGUUCCCUGCACAGAAUUUUCUUUGUAGUAAAAAGGAUGCACAGUUUAGAAAUGAUCAAAGCAAUCUCCUGCAGUUUAGACUUGAUUCUUAAUACAAUGAUGCCCAGCAAGUGAGAUAUGGCUUCCAAAUCAAUAUCAAUGGCAGAGGUGUUACUAGGAACUACAGGGCCCUGUGCAAGAUUCAAAGAAGGGCCCCCUUCUUACUACCCCUAAGAAAUACACUAGAGUGGGAUGUGCUGGCUGUGUGUGAUUAUGCGGGAGAUGGCGGAGCAUGUUUGUAUGAGGCGAUUAACUGGGUGUGAUUGUGCUGCUUGUAUGGAAUUGGCUGAGUGUCAUUGUGUGUUGUGUGUGUCUAUAUAUGUAUAUGUACUAGUUAGCAAAGUGAUAAUGUCACUGCCUUACAACCUGGAACCCCAGUUUGAAAUCCCAGUCCAACCACUACACCAAUAAGUGUCUCUGGGUAAGACACAUAACUACAUAUAUACCCUGCCGACCUCAAUUAUAUGAGAGUAACACGAACCAAGGUCCGUGUCACAUGCCUGGGAACCAGGGAAAUCUGUCAACAAGUAAGUUACUGGAACAAGCCCUUCCUGGAUACAAGCUUGAAUGCUACUACAAUAGCAGACACAAUGAGAGGAGCUACAUGAAAUGAAUGUGGGAACUAUGGAUGAAUUUACAUCUACCCUAACACCAAAACAGCUGGUUACAUCAUCAAGAGGAAGCUAGUGUGACAACUGGAAUUAAACGGACUAUAGAGAACAUCAACCAUGCGCCAAAAGGAGAAAGAAAUUCCAAAACUUGCAAAUCUAAGAUGGCAUAACAACAUAUAACAGAAAAAUUAUCUUGACCAGCAGACAAGACAAAGAUGGCUGGAAAAUGCUACCAGAGAGCAUGCUAGCUGCCGUGAAUAAGGCACUGUCCACAGGGACCAACAGGCCCAUGAUGCCACUGCAAUGCCUACCAUGUAUCCUGGUUCCCCUUUGACACUGUGAGCACCUCCAAUACACUAUGCAGCUUUGUUUACCAAAGAACCAGCAAGUGAGCUGGUUCUUCCUUAGCAAGCACACUCACAAUACACAAUACAAUCACAAUACAUAGCAGCAGUGCUACUUUGCACACAUUGAGCAAAAUUCAUUCAGUGUCGAUGCGGCUCUACAAUUAAAAUUCCCAAAUCAGAUGAAAAGUCCAUUAUUACCAACUUUUGACAUAUGUAAAGUCUGUAAAGCCUACUUACAGGGACACUCCAGGCACCAAAAAAACUUCAUCUAAAUGAAUUUAUUAUGGGGCCAAGAAACCUGUGGAGGCACUUUUACCUCAAGGGGUUAAACCGUUCUUGACCAUAAUUGCCUCCAGCGGUAAUUUUCACUCCUCCCCUCGCAGGAUCCGUCUUCUGAAUUUUCAGAUUCAGGAAUUGACUGAGAGCAGCCAAUCAGUGACUCCCCAUUCACUAAACAGGCUUGGAAACAAAUGUACAGAUUAUAUUUCAGAUUAAUAAUCUAGCAUUUGUAUUAGAAUUUAAUCUUUUCUUUUUUAUAUUUUCUUUUCACUUAGCUUUCCUUUGCGAAUUUCCUUUCCCUCCCACCUUUAUUUUUUCACUAUUUUUUAUUUCUGCAUAUUUUUUACAUCUGACUGCCCUGAUAUGGUUAAACCAAUUCUUUUACUUAUUCUUAAUAUUUUUGUUUAUUCUCAAUAUUUCCUUCCUGUAUUUAUUUCCUAUUGUUUAAUUAUAAUUAACAUCAGUAUAUUCUUCAAUUUCUCUAGUGGCAUGUUAUGCCCCACUUCUCCAGUGUCCUCACAUAACAAAAUAUCUUUUAACCCCUUAAGGACACAUGAUGGAAAUAUUCCGUCAUGAUUCCCUUUUAUUUCAGAAGUUGUGUCCUUAAGGGAUUAAUAAAUAGCCAUAGUUUAUGGCAGCUUUGUUUUGGUUUACCUGCUCUAAAUGCAGUGGAACCAAAUAUUUAAUCGUGAUUUGGCCACUAGAUGUCAGUAGAAACUAAAUUUUGCUUUAAAAAUUCAUCUGCAUUUUAUGGACUUUCCAAAUACAUAGAUGGUCUUGUUAUUGAAGAAUUGAGACUGUUCUAAUAUGCUAAAUAUAUUAGCAGAUGUUAAUAUACCUAUCCCUGUAAAAGAGAGCAGUGUAGUAGUCACAUAUUACACAUGUUAAUUAUAUAUUCUUUAUUUGUGAUAGUUUACUUUUCGUAGGUAAAAAUACAAAAAUUCUGGGAAGGUUUAACUUGACCUCUUACUCAGGAAAAAUAGAGUCACUUAUGAACACAUAAGGAAUUCAGACUGUAAUUACAUUAAAUCCAGAGCAGUCUUCCUCCUGACUUCUGCAGAAUACAGUUAAUUCUUUAUAUUUGGCUACAGGAGCUGACAUCCGGACUGCUAAAAUCAAAGACGCGGGGCUCGUCUUGGCAGACACACUGCGGAAAUUUCUAUUUGAUCUGAAUGUUGACGAUGGUUUGUCAGCUGUUGGCUACACUACAGCAGAUAUUCCUGCUUUAGUAAAAGGAACUUUGCCCCAGGUAAGAUAUUAAACAAGUCGCACUCAGAAACAAACAAGUCGUAAUGGAACAUAGAAUGCAAUAUCUGUGUUCCAACGGAAGUACCGUACAUCAUCUUGCAUGUUCUCCAGUGGCAGACAUUUCAAUUCUAAGGCCUAUAACAGUUUAUAAAAUAUAGAACUUUAGUGCAGGGGUGCCCAAAAGGUAGACCCCCAGACAUUGUAGAACUACAACUUCCAUGAUGCUUUGCAUGCUUUUAGAAUAAAAAAGAAUCAUGGAAGCUGUAGUUUUAAAACAUCUGGGAAUCUACAUUUUGGGCACCACCAUUCUCCAAAAAUGUUUCACAGAGAUCUAAUGCCCAGGCACUAAUGGAAAGAUGCUAUAUUAUUUACUAAAGUGAGCAUUCAAAGUGAAUUCAACCAUGCUUUCAGUUCAGCUAGUCCGACCUCAAAUUUGAAAUUCAUUUUGAACUCUCUCUUAAGUAAAUAACCCUGAUAAUCUUGACUGAGCCAAGGGAGGUUAGUUGCUUCGAGUGUUCUUUAAAAUCAAUAAAGUGAUUCACCAGAACGGAAAUGUCUCACCGUGCACAUGGCUAAUAUUAAGCUAAAUCUGGAUUUUGGUGGGGAUGCAAGAACGUGGUGUAGCAGACUGCAGAGGCCCUAUUUAUAGUCCAUAAUGAUCAUUGUCUCUGAUUGUGACAGAUACAAAUAAUAUCAAAAUGUUCUAUAUUAUGAAUUAGUUAAAAAUCUCACAGUACAAAUUAUUAUUAUAAAACAUCAGUUUGUAAUGUACAAGAAACAUGCUUUAUGUGUUUUGAAAUCCGUUUUCUAUUUUAGGAACGUGUGACAAAGCUCUCUCCACGAUCUCAUUCUGAAGAUGAACUUUCUUGCUUAUUUGAGGCGUCAAUGAAACUCUAUUAACUGAACCAUAAAAACACGAGAAAUCAACAUCCACUGAUAUUGUUGGUGGUAUUUUUAUUCUAUGUCGAUAUAAAUUGUAACUAGCAAUAUAAAAAAUGAUUGUCUGUUUUAAUGGGCAUGGCUGCCACUGGUUGAAUGUAAGAAUCCUGAACAUAAAGCAAACCACUGAAUUUUUAUGGAACUAAUAUGCCUCAUGUGUCGCGUUUUUCACAUUUACACAAUUUAAACAUACAUUGUGGCAGCAGAUAAAACCCAAAAUAGUCCAAUUAAUGUGUCUGUUGUUUAACUUUUCAUUAUUUAGGAAAGUUUUGUAGAGUGUUUUCCACCCACGUUAUCUAUCCAUUUCAACUCUAUAAAGUAGCAUUUUGUCUCUGUUUUUCACCCCCAAACUUCAUCCUCUUGUAAUGCUGAAAUUCUAUUUAUUUAAAGUGAUUCGUUUAUUUUAUAUGAUCUCUGAAAGCAAUAAUAGAACACAGAUCUGACUCACAUGUCAAUAUUAUCUAUUCAUUUAAUAUUUUGAAACCUACAUCUAUUUUUUUCAUAUUAAUUUUAGAAAGAACAUUCUGCUUCAUUGGAAAAGGCAGGUGUGCCACAUUGGGAAUGUCAUUGAUCAAUUGUAAUUUAAAAAUCGUUUAUUCUUUGUGAUAGUUUUUAGUAGCUAAUGAACAGAUUUUGUACAAUUCUAUAUUAUAGUAUAGCUCAUUCUCUUAUUAUCAUUUCUCUGCACAGAGUCUUCAUGGCUCUCUCUGCAGACAACUGAGUGACUGGGGUACACUAGCGCAGGCAGUUAGUUUGCUCUUUAUCCCAGCAACUACAGAGCAUGUACUCUAGCUGCUUCAAAAAUAGUAUAGAGCCUUAUUUAAGUGUGAGACUUGAAAAGUAUUCUGGUGAUUUCCCUACAUUUUCUCCUACUUUGCCCCAUCUUUUUGUUAGCGACUUUUAUGAAUCUAACCAAAAAUGCCAUUCAACUUCACUGGCGAGGGACAGCAGCUCAGUGGUCAUCUGUUCACACAUGUGAACUACAUGUGUGGCUACAUGACAUACUGGGAGGUAUGCACCUAAGGAACCAAUGGAGUGUUCUUGUUUAUUCCUUUGAUAAUUGUUCCUCUUUAACAACCUUGUCCCUACCUUUGUGCUGGUGCCACCUUUUCUAACAAAUUCUUUCAACUGUGCUGUUCACACCCAGGCUCCAAAACUAGAAGUCCACUUUUCAAAAAUGUUUGCAAAAGUAUAAAAAUAGCUCUCUGUUUGAUUUUAUAUUGUUAUGUGUCCAUUUCUAUAUUUAAUAUAGAGUAUAGCAGAACAGAAGGGUAUGUUUGGGAAUCUAUAUUUUAGGGAUCUCGCUAGUAAAAAUGCGACUGAAAAAAUACAUUAUACAAAUAUGGAACGGAUAAUUGAUCUUUCAUGUAAAAUAUGUGCUACAUUUGGCAUUUUUUAUUUCAUUUCUUUGUAAUUAGUUAAGGCCAAAAGAUUUUGGACGUACAAAGAGCAACACAAAUCAAACCUUCAAUUAUGUAGCCCAUGGAGAACAGAUAUUUAAUAAUCCCCGUGAAAAGUAAGUCCUUAGUGUCGUAAUUUAAUGUUAUGUUAGGCAGCACCUGUUCAGAGAUGGGGCGUACAAAAAGUUUAAUGAAAGCCUGACCGCUAUUUUAAAUGGACAGAUUACAUUCUUUUUAACUUAAAGGUUUGUGUUAGACUAUGUGUUGGACUGAUUAUGAGAACCCUAGUAGCCAAUGAUUGGUGUAACUAUUCCUAUAGUAUGUGGGUAUUUUGUCAAAUUACAUUCUGGUGAUAUGUUUAGAAAGUUACAUCCCCAAAAUGACUUACUGUUUCUUGUAACUACACUCAAGCAGAAUAUUUGAUAAUGUCUCUGUAUCUAUUGUUGUCAUACCCUGUAUGUGGUAUUCUGAUAUGUCACACCCUGUCCAAAAUAUGUUACAAGGGAUAUCACAUAAUCUCUAAAAUGUUUUAUCAUAUUAUUUCUGCAAAGGAGGAACCAGCAAAUAAAAAAAUAAUGUGAAUUUGUAAAUGUAAGUAUAAUUUUAU